GGAAAAUGUCCUCCGUCUUGGUGGUGCACGGUGGGGCGUGGGCCAUUCCGGAGGAGCUGGCCAGGCCUUCUGUUGAAGGAGUGAAAGCUGCAGCUCGGGCCGGGUCUUCAGUGCUGAGAAGUGGAGGAAGUGCACUGGAUGCUGCUGAGGCAGCUGUGAGGUCCAUGGAAGAUAAUACAGUCUUUAAUGCAGGACACGGAGCAACACUGAACGCUGAAGGAAAAGUGGAGCUGGAUGCAAUUAUCAUGGAUGGGAAAACUCUUGCGGCUGGUGCGGUUUCUGCAGUAAAAAACAUUGCCAACCCCGUGUCACUGGCACGCGCAGUGAUGGAGAAGACUUCCCACGUAAUGUUGACAGAUACAGGUGCAAACCUGUUUGCAGAGAGCAUCGGUAUCAGGACAGUUCCUGCUGACAAACUGGUGUCUAAGUUUGAGAAGAAAGAAUGGGAGAUGAAUAAAAAGUUUGCUACUGGAGUAAUGGAAGACUUCAGCAUUCAGUGGGCCCAUGAUACUGUUGGUGCAGUAGCUUUGGACUCUUCUGGUAAUGUUGCAUGUGCAACAUCAACUGGAGGAAUUAGGAAUAAAAUGGUUGGCAGAGUAGGAGACUCUCCAGUCAUUGGCUGUGGAGGAUACGCAGACAAUUCUCUUGGUGCGGUAUCUUGUACCGGCCACGGAGAAUCUAUCCUCAAAGUCACGUUGGCCAGACUCAUCCUCUCACACGUGGAGCAAGGUAAGUCUGUUGCAGAUGCCUCAAAGUUGGCUCUGAAGUACAUGGGCGACCGUGUCCAAGGUGGAGGAGGAGCAGUUGUAGUUUCUCCGUCGGGGCAGUGGGCUGCCACAUUUACCACACAGCGCAUGGCUUGGGCUGCUGUGGAACGUGAUGAGCUGUGGUACGGAUUAGAGCAAAAUGAAAGACUGAAAGACCAAUUGUAGACUACCAGUAACUCUUACUGAACAUUAAUUACAUUUCAAAGACAUUUAUUAAAGCUUCAGCCACUCAGCUUAUAUCAGUGAGGUGUCAUCUUAUAUCCAUAGUCUUGAUUGUAGCUAAAUCAGAGCAGAUGUUCUUCUCUUGCCUCAUGUUUAAUAUACAAAGCAUGAAUUUAGUGAAAUGAAGAUAACUGAAGAUGAGGAUUUAGUCCUUGAGUCGGCCUUGGGAAUAAUCAGUCCAUAUAUGUGACUAGAUAUGCUGAAGGCCUCUCAGUUCACCUGUUGAAGUGUCCUUGAGCAAGCGACUUAACCCCACACUGCCUCAGAUGCGUUCAUCGGGUGUGUGAUUGUGUGUGCGUGGUAAAAAAAGCAAUGCCAAGACAAAGAAAAGUUCUGUAUAAAUACAGUCUAUUUAUUUAUUAGCCAGUACAUCAAUGAAACACUAUAUGAAUGUUUGUUAUUGUAACAAAACAAAAUGUAAACAGCAUGCCAUGCACAAUAAGCUUUUGCCCCUUCCUGGGCUUUGCACACAUCACAAGAACAACUUCCUUUUCUUGACACGAGGGGAUCUCAGUGGAGACGGUUCUCCUGCGUACAGUAGUUCCUCAGUGGUAGAACAAGCUGUUACAAGAGCAGAGCUGUUCCUCUCCGUGCCCAAGGGCUCUGGAAAACUGCUCUUCCAGGAGAACCUCCUGUCGGUAAACUGGGUUCUCUCUUGAACUUAUUAACGCGCACUUGAAUGCCGUCUUAAUGGCACUAAUUUGAAAUCUGUAUUAACUACAUUGACUUAACAAUUUGCCAUGUUUACUGUACCUUGAUUGUUUUUCUCCAUUGCAAGUCACUUUGGCUGCCAAAUGUCACGUACUGUAACGAAAAAAUAUGUUAUUU